AAAACGUUACAAACUCUCGAGGGAAGAAAGAAAGAAGACGAAGAAGAAAGAAGAAAGAAAGAAAGGGUAACAACAAGAAAACGGUUCCGCUCUUGUUGCCGCCCUCUCUGUCUCCUCCUCCCUCUCUCUCUCUCUCUCUCUGCUAAUCUCAAUCUCCCACGUUAUCUCCGUCAUCUUCUGUCAUUUUGUUCCCAGAAAGAUUAUUGAAUCGUUUCUCAGAGAUUAAUCUCCACAAACAGCGUUUUUUGAGUUUCAGGAGAUUGAUGCUAAUUAAGGAAAAGGAUGGCGUCUGUUGCGGAUAUUGGUGCUUCAGCCCUUAUAAAUCUUCUGUCUGCAAUUGCAUUCCUUGUCGCGUUUGCAAUAUUAAGGCUUCAACCGUUCAACGAUAGAGUUUAUUUCCCAAAAUGGUAUCUCAAGGGGAUACGAGGCAGCCCAACACAUUCUGGAGCACUUGUGAGCAAAUUUGUCAAUUUGGAUGCCAAGACAUAUUUGAGGUUUUUGAAUUGGAUGCCAGCAGCGUUGAAAAUGCCGGAAUUAGAGCUUAUUGACCAUGCAGGACUUGAUUCUGCUGUGUAUAUCCGGAUAUAUCUUCUUGGCUUGAAAAUCUUUGUCCCUUUAACUAUACUUUCUUUUGCGGUCUUGGUCCCUGUCAAUUGGACUGAUGGAACACUGGUAAAAAGCAAGGAUUUGACAUUUAGUGAUAUUGACAAGUUGUCGAUAUCCAAUGUUGGAGCUGGAUCAAAAAGGUUUUGGGCUCACUUAGUAAUGGCAUAUGUCUUCACAUUCUGGACAUGUUAUGUGCUAUAUCACGAAUACAAGAGAGUAUCUAUUAUGAGGCUCCAGUUCCUUGCAUCUGAAAGACGUCGUCCAGAUCAGUUUUCGGUUCUUGUGAGGAACGUCCCUCCAGAUACUUACGAAUCAGUUGGCGAGCAUGUUGAACAUUUCUUUUGUGUCAAUCAUCCUGAUCACUACCUCACCCAUCAGGUUGUCUAUAAUGCAAAUACUCUAGCGAAAAUGGUGGCACAGAAGAAAGGUUUGCUGAACCGCCUGCGCUAUUAUCAAAACAAAUAUGAGAGAAAUUCCAGCAAAAAGCCUACAACCAAGACAGGUUUUUGUGGCCUCUGGGGGGCAACUGUGGAUGCAAUUGACUAUUACACUGAUGAGAUUGAAAAGUUAUCUAAAGAAGAAAUUUCAGAAAGGGAAAGGGUUAUGAGUGAUCCUAAGGCUAUUAUGCCUGCUGCAUUUGUUUCAUUCAAAUCUCGAUGGGCGGCAGCUGUGUGUGCUCAGACUCAGCAAUCAAGUAAUCCGACAUUGUGGUUGACAGAGUGGGCCCCUGAGCCACGAGAUGUCUUUUGGUCUAAUCUUGCAAUCCCAUUUGUUGAGCUUUCAAUCCGGAGAUUGAUCAUGGCCGUUGCAACGUUUUUCCUUACAUUUUUUUUCAUGAUUCCCAUCGCAUUUGUUCAGUCCCUAGCUAACAUUGAGGGGAUCGAGAAGGUCAUGCCCUUCCUAAAACCUUUAAUAGAAAAGAAGGUCGUCAAAUCCGUUAUCCAAGGUUUCCUUCCUGGGAUUGCAUUGAAAAUAUUUCUCAUUCUUCUUCCAACAAUACUCAUGACCAUGUCGAAAAUAGAAGGUUACACAUCACUGUCAUCAUUAGAUAGGAGAUCAGCAGCAAAGUAUCACUUAUUUGUUCUUGUUAAUGUUUUCUUGGGGAGCAUAAUCACAGGAACGGCAUUUCAACAACUCGAUGCUUUCAUCCAUCAGUCUGCAACUGAGAUCCCGGAAACAGUGGGCGUUUCUAUUCCAAUGAAAGCCACUUUCUUUAUUACGUAUAUCAUGGUUGAUGGUUGGGCUGGUGUUGCUGGAGAGAUUCUUCGAUUGGUUCCAUUGAUUAUGUUUCACUUGAAAAAUGCCUUCUUGGUUAAGACAGAGCAAGACAGAGAGGAGGCAAUGGACGCUGGGAGUGUGGACUUUGCUUCUAAUGAACCUCGAAUACAAUUGUAUUUCUUGCUUGGACUAGUCUAUUCUGUGGUCACACCAGUCCUCCUUCCUUUUAUCGUCGUCUUCUUUGGUUUCGCAUAUUUGGUGUUCCGUCAUCAGAUUAUCAAUGUUUAUAACCAGAAGUACGAGAGUGGGGCAGCGUUUUAUCCAGAUGUUCAGCGCCGUUUGAUUAUUGGACUAGUAAUAUCGCAACUUCUACUUAUGGGUUUGAUGAGCUCAAAAGGUGCGAAGCAGUCAACACCAUUGCUCAUUGCGCUUCCUGUGUUGACCAUCUGGUUCCAUAGAUUCUGCAAAAGCCGUUUUGAACCAGCAUUUGUCAAAUUUCCCUUACAGGAUGCAAUGGUGAAGGAUACAUUGGAACGAGCAACUGAACCGAACUUGAACCUGAGAGCUUACCUCCAAGACGCCUACAUACACCCUGUAUUCAAGGAUGAUUUUUCAGAAAAACUAUCAGCUUACGAUGAAGAAGAAAACAAUAUUCUUGUACCAACCAAGAGAACAUCCCAAAGAAGUACGCCUGGUCAAAGCAAAUACGAUUCUGAAGCUUCUGAUACUGGUGGUUCUUAGAACAUUGACUAAGAGGAGAAAGAGAUUGAAUUCUAGUGAAGAAAAUAUUUUUCUUUUUGGAUUUCCCUUGCGGUGAUUCUUUUACUAACAGUAGUGGUAUGAUUGUCGUUGUUAGGGACAAUGGAAAUUAUAUGGGGGAAUGUCCCAAGUUUUCAUGUUUAACAGUUUGGAACAUGAAGAAAGUGAGAAUAGGAAACUACGUGUGAGAAAGAAUGGAAUGUGCAUAGUCUUUGGCUAACCUUUAUUCAUCGGUGUAAUUAAAAUCUUUCCGAUAUGAUAUUCCAGAACGUUUGACUAUC